GAAUUAGGACACUCUGAUUCUUUUAUUGUCAUUAAUACAUAUCAUCAUUAUCAUCAUCCCCACUUUUAUCUUAUCCCCUCUCUAAACACUUCACAUUCAGAGUCGUCUUAUACGUAACUUAUCACAGACAUUACACAUCGUUCAUUUUUAUAAUCAUAUAUUAAUGCCACUUAAAACGAAACAAUUUGUAACAUUUUCCACAUUUCGAAAGUACUUGCAAUCAAAAAUGAACAAUGAAAAAUCCAUUAGCAUUCAUUCUGAUACACACACAGAGGUUUAUGAUAUUCCAAUGAACGUACUUAUCCGACCAAUUCCUCCAAUUGUUGAUGAAGAAAAGGUACAAAGCUUAAUGAAUACAUUGAACGAUCCUGAAACAGUAUCAUUGGUACCGCCAAUCGAUGUUUUAUGGAUUAAAGGAAGCGAAGGCGGCGAUUAUUAUUACUCUUUUGGCGGAUGUCAUCGAUAUACAGCCCAUCAAAGACUUGGAAGACCAUUCAUAAGAGCGAAACUAAUACAAUCUACAAUAACGGACUUAAAAUCUUAUUUAGGCGGAUCUACCCCUAAUUUAAGAUAGCCAUAUUUGUAUGUGUUAUCUAUAAAUUCUAUACGGAUCUUUAUACUUUGUUCAGAUUAUAAGUAUACUGUAUGUAAAAUUUUCAUAUUUUGUACUACAUUUGUGUAAAAUGAAUCAAACUUUGAUCUGAUAAAAUAGUAGAUAAAAUAAACUAUAUAUGAUAAAAAGUU